AUGCCAAAUACUCCGAUAGCGCGAAAGGAAGCAGUCCGAUCACUCACGGGAACUUCACAGGGGGUGCAGAAGUCUCAAUCUCCGUCUCCGUCUCAAUCUCAGACAUCCCGAAUCGCUUGUCAAAGCUGCGAUGUAGCCAUGAACGUCCCAGUUGUCAACGAUGCACGAAACAGCGUGCCAGAUGCGAGUACCCUCCGCUCAACAAGCGAAGGAAGGCAAAGUCGCACCCUCGCCAAACUGGGGUGCACAAUCAACGUCCGCUACAUUCUGCAGGCGACAGGGAGCCAAAUUCUGCAGCAGAAGCAACCCUCCCCAGGAGGAGUCAGACACGCUACAACGUCGGUUCUAGAUCCUGCCAAUCAGCGCGAGUCUUCAGCGGGCUCUUUGUUGCAGGAUGAUCAAGUUCACUUAAUGCGUCAGGCAUCUAUCCCGACAGAUUCAUAUGCAUCGCAGCUUCGAAAAGCUGAGAACCGAGAGGAGAUUAAGCAGAGCGAUCCGAGAGCAGCUUGUGAGGAAUCCUCGUUACCGCCCCUUGCAGCUGGGCUUGCUCUACUUGAAAUUUACUUCGCCCGCAUAUACAAUGCUUCGCUCCUGUUUUGGAAGCCAAAACUCUUCUCCGAAUAUGUCGAAGGCCAGGUUCCCUCAUACCUGCUCAAAGCAAUCUUUGGCACAGCCGCGUUUCUUGCACCAAAUCACGAAGAGCAGCAUUUUGGGCCGACGCGAUUUUCAGAGCUUGACGCUUUGAGAGUCUUCCAUAAGCGAAGUUUGAGUUGGGCUAAAGCCGCCUCCAGUGAGGCAAUGGCGUUGGCGAUUCCGGAUCCAAGUCUGUCGGUAGUUCAAGCGCUGGAGGUGCUGGUUCCAUAUUGGUAUGGAACUGGAUUGUCAAGAUGUGGCGACCUUUCUCUGGCUCUGGCCUAUCGCUGUUGCUGUAUCAUGCAAUAUGGAGGUAAUCGAGAUGGGUCUGCAGAAGAUCUCUCACUCGAGGCUGAACUCAAGCGGAGAUGCUUCUGGGCCUGUUGGGCAUCAAUGUGCAUAGUAGCGUCCCCAGAACCCUACGUGCGACAUUCAUGGUCAGAAAUCGCUCGGGUACCGCUGCCAGCGUCUAUAUCGAAUACGACCACCGGGCUGCACAUCAAACUCACUGACUAUAUGGACGCUGACUGGAUAGCGUCGAAGAUUUACGGAGACCAUGACAGAGAAGAGCCCCCUGUUGCUGCAGCCAUGAUGAAAAUGGUGGGCGUUUGGGCUAAAGUCCAGCUUUCUGUUAGAGAUGGUGCAAAUUAUGAUACUUCGAGAAAGGUGCAAGAAACCCGUGGGUUGUCCGAACUCGCAACAACAACGUAUGCGACUGUCUCUCUCGCUCACCGAAAACAACUAAUGGAUUUGCUGGUAUCCGAACAUGCAUUCGGGCUUACUCACCAACUCCUGUUUUUCGACGGUCUGUACCAUCUCUCGCAAAUCACCUUAUACUCAACACUUGUGCCACUGUUCUCGGGUUCACAAAUGGAUCCUUCAGUCGACAUCACUAUUGUGCAGUCUAGCGCAAAGGCAGCUGUUCGGCAUGCUUGGCUAUUUGGAGGAAUACUCAAAGACUAUCUCGGUGGCCGCGUCGAUGUGACAUAUCUCAGUUCUCUACUGGGCUACUGUGCAUUCAUUUGCGGCACGGUCCUUCUAUCCUUUGAAAUCUCUCGCGAAGGCAGAAAUCCUAUAGCAUUUAUUCCGGAGCUAGGAGAGGCUUCUAGUACAUUACCGACAGUUGAAAUGUUUGUCGACACGUUGGAUGCUUCGAGCAGGUUUUGGAACGUCCUCCGUCGACCAUUCGAGAAGCUGUCAGCAGCCUUAAAAGGAGCAUCUGCUCAGCUUAUUAGCCGGCAUCCUGAAGCAGCACAGUCCCUCGGGUCGUCAUCGGCUCCAAACGAGCGCAAUCAUGCAAGGGCGCACCUUCGAACAACCGACCCGUUUCUGCCAUCUCAGGAGCAGGGUAAUUCGAGCCUCGGAGGUGAAGAUAAAGUGUUAAACCAUGUUCAAUCAAGGAUCCAUCCCCUUCCGCGAAUGGAGCCCCUGGACUUCAGCACCGGCAUCCCGCUUGAUUCCCAGCCCAUGACAACAUGCGUGCUGACGAACAACCUGAGCCUGGAAACGCUGGAGUCUUAUGACGACUGGAAUGACGACUGGUGGAACAUGCCAUUUGCAGCAGCCGGCAAUGAUCAAUUGACUGGUUUUGAGCCUAUGCUUCUGUUUCGGCAAGCCUGGGAAGGACUUGCUUGA